UUUUCUGACUUUUCCUACAUACAUUCUAAUCCCUAAAUCUUUGCACCGAGUGGUGUAAACCUUUGAUAUCUCAACACAAGUAAAAUACAGUUCGGAACUUUUUUACAUUUUUUACAUUAUAUAGCCUUCAGAAUUCAGAAAGAUAAAAAUAUAUUUUUUUUAACUAACCAUAGUAUAGAAUACAAUUUCUUCAAUAUCUCUUUUGGUUUUAUUAUUCCUGACUCCUGUGAUAAUGAUAUUCGCCAACCUUUCUUUUCAUUCUGCAGGGGGGCCGGGCCCCCCUAGUUGUGCCUCUGAAUCCUUCUAAGCAAAGAUAAAUGAAUCUUAUUGAUUGCUAUAAAGCCUUAGUUCGCCGUCACUCCCUUUGGAGUGCUCAGGAACUUGAUCCUGGUCUGGAUCUGUUUAUAGAUUAUCAAAAAAUAAAUAACUGAAAACAACAAGAGUAAAUUUACAAGAUUUUCUGUCGUUUUUCUAAGAAUGAAUCUAGAUUGAAUCCAGAUUUGAAUUAAGACGGGAAACGAUCUUGAGCACUGCUUGUAUGUAAACGUUUUACAAUAAAACUUUAAUAUUGAAACAAAGUUGAACGUGAAAUAUUUGUUAUUUAAACUCAAAACUUCACAAAUUUUAAUAUUACAAUUUAAAGUAAAUAUUUUUACAAACUUGAUAUUGUCGUGCAUGAAGAUUGCAGACUAAUAUCACGACUGGAAGAAAGAAAAGUAAAAAUCCUUAUCCUAUUAUUCCUGUGUUCUACAGAUACCUUGAGAACUGAGUCCCUAGAAGCUAGUUUGAGCUGGCUCCAGUCCUCUCUCCUAGAUGCAUGGAGGGUUAAGAUUGCUUUAGCGGCCAACUCGAAUUCUCUAAUUCAGAACCUUGUACCUUUAGAACCAUUGCCUCAUUUUCACAUGGCAAGGGGCCUGCCAGUACCGUUGUUGGUUUACAACGCCAAGCUUCAGGAUGGUCUGGCCAACCUUACGUUCAGGAACCUCAUCAGAAACUCAGGAUUGAAGUUUCAAGGAGAACUUGUUGUAAUACCUUCAUAUGUUACUCAAUCUGAUCUUCUCAAGGCUGCUCUUGAGUUGGGGCCUGUUCAGGAUAAAUCAUUAUAUCCUGAACUAUUCAUGAUGUAGUACAGCCUUACAGGCUUGAUUUCUUCAUUUCGCCACGAUAUUGAGCAAAAUCUUCACAGUUAACUAUUAGGAUAAUUAAUCGUAUCCAUAAAGGAAUUCUAUACUGAAGUUCAAUUCAUUCCUCUCAACCCCUAUCUUGCAUGGUAUAAUGAGUUGUCUACUAAAAAUAAUAAUUGAAUUGAAUAAGUUUAUGAAUACCUGAGAUCUAAUCACAACGAACAACAUUUACAAGGCAGAUUGUAGAUUGUAGAAUGUAGAUAACUAAAUCCAAGAUUUUGUAAGUUAACCCUAAUUGUGGGUCAAAUAACCAAAAUACUUCGUGUUACGCUCAUAAAUUUAGAUUGUUUGCUUUUGAAUAAAUCUGUAAUUUAGUAAAUGAAAAAAAGUUAUUUAAUAAUCUAUUAUAUGAAUUGUUUUAUUUAAAUAUUUAUGAAAACUUGCGCGAAGCCAAUGAUUAUUAAUUUAUUAUUUUUUUCAGAUGUAAAAAAGCCAACAAUGAUUUGACUAAGCCGGUGACCUGACAGCAGUUGUUCAUUGUUCACAACCUCUAGAAUAAUCUAACAAGGUUAAGAUGCCAGCUCACAGGAAGGGUUCUCUUGAGAGAUAUGUUCCACCGCAUAGAGGAGACAUAGCUACAACUUCCCCUGGUAAAUCACCGUUAAAUACAUCCUCAGAUUCUAAACAUUGGGAGGAAACCUCGCCUCGAAAUAGCUCUAAACAAUGGCCAGACUUCAAGGACAUCAAUGUCGAGAGUUCGAAUUGGGCGGAGGAGGUGGAGAAUGAGAUGGAGAACGAGAUGGAGAUGGGAAUGAAGGAGAUGAACAUCAACAACUGUUUGAAGGAGACUGAGGAGCAGAUUUCUCCAAGGGUUGGUUCACAAACCUUCAACCGAGGUGAGUGGAGUGGAAGAAGAAGAGAUGAUGGGAUCCGAAGAAAUGAUGAGGAAUGGUAUCAGAAUUUAGGUCGAGGACGGGGUAGGGGCCGAGGAAUACAUCAGCAGGAUGAUAGGAAGCCUCCGGGUUCAAGUGUGAAGAGAGAGUUUACCACACGAGUUCAGGACAGGAUACGCAGAGUGGAUAAGCCUGAGAAUGAUGGUGGAAGAUCAGCACAAGACGACCAAUGCUCACUCAUCUCAAAUCAAUCCUCUCAACCGGAGGGAAGGGGGAAUAUGACUGAUCUAAGGGAACGAAUACAGAGGAGAAAACAAAUGGGAUUGAACUCCAGUCAGUUGGAUUUGGGAUCAAAACUACAAGGUUCAGGAUCCAAUGGGUUUAACUCUAACCUUAGCACACACCAGUUUCCUUCCCAGAAUUUCCACCAGCAUGAUUCGCGCUAUAAUGACGACAGACUUGAGCCUCGAUAUAUGGAGGAGAAAACCUCUAAAUUUUCUGAGGACAGAACUAGUCAGAGGUUCUCCGAAGACUGUAAUAAUUACAGGAACAGACAAAACGAGAACAGAAUUGAUACUGAGAGAUCAAGACAGCAUGAGUAUAAAAGAGAAUCGAAAAACCAACAACGAAGAGAAUCGGAAAAGAACGGAAGACAGCUGGCUCGACCAAAGAAGAAUACUGAAAACUUUUCUCCUUGUUAUGAUGCUCCCGAGAUGAGAAUAUUGUGUGCAGCUCCGGGACGGGAGCAGUACACUAGGGAUAUAAGUUCCAGAGAUGUGCUUAUUGUCUCCGACCUAUUCGGAGACGAGACUGAUAUGUCUAUUUAUAACCAUCUUCUGACUGAACUUUCAGAGUCUGGUGUGCCUCAACAGCAACUAUGGCAGUCCUGGCACGGAGAUAGUCAUCUGAUAGCAGAUGAUAAACGGAGAUGGAAGGACGCUAGUCCAACCUUCCAGAUGGUGAUGGAAAGGAUUAAAUUCUAUUUCAAUAUGGAUGUUAAAGCAACAAGACUGAACUGGUAUAGGGAUGAUUCGGAGUGGAAACCGUUUCAUCAUGACGCUGCUGCCAUCAAACCAGACAAAGCUAAAACUCAGAACUUUACCGUUGCUGUUUCUUUUGGCGCAGAAAGAGAUGCGGCUUUUGAGCACGCGGGGACUAAAACAGUGAUUUCAAUGCCACAGCCCAAUGGAACUAUUUAUACGUUCGGUAAGGACGUGAAUAUACUCUGGAGGCACGGGAUUCUCCAGGUUCCACCAGAGAGGCAAACACAACAGGGACGGAUAUCUAUCAUUGCUUGGGGAUGGAUUCCACAGUUUGAUCUUUAAGCUCUGAUCUUUACAUUGAAGAAUGUGUGCAAUGUGCAUGUUCUGAUUUUUUUUUUUUUUUUGAGGAUUUUUACAUGCUUAAUUACUUAGUACAAAUAUUAUACAAAAUGGCAAUGGAAUGUGCUAAAUCAUUUAACUUUACACCGAGUUCAAUAUUUAUUUGUUAUCUAUUAUCAAAAUUGACAAUGUUAAACUGUAUUCUACAAUCUACAUUCUUUAACGCACAUUUUUUUCUCUGUAAUAAAAACAGUAAUUGUAAAUUUAUAGAAUUCUUGAUAAUUUUAACAGUAACCCCGACCUUCAUACCACAAGCCUAAAAUGCCUGAAAUGCAACAAACUUUAUAUAAUAAUAUUUACAUUAUGAAUGUACCCAAAAUGUACCAUGUCUCUAGUUAUAUAAUGUUUGACCUGCCCGUCUCAAAAAAGUGUAAAUAUUUCAAGUUAUCUUGCGUAAUUUGACUUCAAUGUUUUAGGAAAACAGUAAUAAUGUAUAAAUGACUGAAUGUAAAAAUUUAAUAAAUUACGUUUUUUAAAGAA